AUGGCAACACGUGGUAUCAAGACAACCAAGAUCUGGGACAUCAGAACAGGACAGGUAGUCCACACCCUCGUCAGCCCGCCACGUCCGCUGGGUAUGGAAUUCGACGGAGAUAUGCUCCUCAUUGCAAGUCGCAAUAACUGCAUAGACAGUUGGAAGUUGGGUCAUAACGUACGUCCCGAGUCGGUGCGCAGACCAUGGGGUGAUGCCAAUCCACCAGAGGCAAACAGAAUACCACUGAGCGGGGUUCCGUGCGCUCUUUCUCUCGCCACCAGCCAUGGCAUGCUUGCUGUAGCCUACAAUGGACAGCCCAUUAUCCUAUGGGAUAUGGAAGAGGACACUUAUGCCGGUAGCUGCGGAAAGAAGCUCUCAAAUGGGGAGACUUCCACGCAUGUCAUCGUAGCGCUUGCGUUCAACCCCAAUCCCGACAUAGGCCUUCUUGCAGUUGCAUAUCUCGACGGCGAUCUCGCUCUACUUGAUCCUUAUACCGACCGGCAGCUGGAGUGUUUCCGUGCCAACUGCCAAACCCUUGCCCCAAGCCCCAAUGGACGUUUUCUUGCAGCAGGUUGUGCCAAUGGAAUCAUCCAUGUUUACGAGUUUGAUACGUUUAAGCUCCUCUAUAGGGUCAAGUCAAGUAACUCAUACAUAAAGCAACUUGCUUUCUCCAAGGACAGUAUGCUACUCGCCGAUAUACGAGGUAGCCAGUGCACUGUGUGGAAACCGGAAGCACUGUUGCGGGAGUCCCUGAGCGAUGACAGCAGUGGCCUCACUUCUGCGACUUUGAUUGAGACGGUUUCUCUGGAGGCGAAAGCGAAGGUAACUUCUAUGGCGCUCCAUCACAAGUCUACAGUCAUCCUUUGUGGGAAGGAUGAUGGGUCGGUCGUGUUCUAUGAGCGAAAAACAGGAGCAAGUUUGGGCGUGCUCUACAAGCACAAAUCUGCAGUUCGUUUGUUGGUUUGGAUUGAAAAUAGAGAUGCUCUCCUCAGUGUCGAUGCUUCCAACCGGAUCUUUUUAUACAGGAUCCAAAUGUCAACGGACAAAGGCUGGCUCACUGAUCCAGUAGAACUCUUCAAGACCCGCCUCGACUCUGAGAAGGCAAUCACAGAUGUCUCAAUAGGAGACGUCGCGGCCAAAUUCCUGGUAUCAACUCGCGAGUCCGAUCAUCUGUUCGACUUAAAUGACGCGCCUGAUUUGUGUGGACAAUGUCAAAAUAAGCGCCCACAGCUGGCCCAACUUGACUGA